AUGUUAAACUUUAUCAAGUCUUUUGUGAGCUUCUUUCCAAUCUCUCGCCGAGAUACUCAUGUUGGUGUGAUCCUCUACACUCGCCGAGCUAUACCUAUCUUCAGGUUUAAUAAAUACUAUACGAGGGCGGCCAUCUUGAGAGCUAUAGAGAACCUAAGGUAUCCCCGAGGAGGUACCUACAUUGGAAAAGCUUUGUCAUUUGCCCGACGGUAUUUGUACCCAGGAAGACCAGCGUCUAAUAGAAAGAGGGUGACAGUCGUGCUUACCGAUGGCAUCUCCCAGGACCGUGUAAGUGGACCGGCGCGUCGUCUUCGUGUUGCAGGAUGUGAGAUCUUCGUUCUUGGCAUCGGACGAGGAUAUAGAAUAUCUCAGUUACGGCAGAUUGCUACCGAUAACAAUCACAUAUUUACGGCGUCCUUUAGAUCGCUCGGGAAAGUUAUACAGAAGAUUAAAAGCAAAGCCUGCCAGAAGCCAGUGCCCACUCCAAGUAAGCAUUGCUCUUGUAAAGACCAAUAUUUUCAAUUGAAAAAAGUGUAUGUCCAAUUCAAUUUCUUAGCCUGCUUGCACACUAAAAUUCAAGUUAUUCCAUCUUUGAAAUUAAUCCUGUGUCCAUACAACGUAAAAGAUAAGGUGAUAAUUGAACCUUACUUAAUUUAAAAUAUAUUUACUUCUCAUCUUAUCUGAUUUUCCCUUCCUUUGCUUUUUUGCAGUACCAACACCCCCAAGAGGUAGGUCAGCUGUUGCUCGAUUUAAAUGCCGUAUAUCAUUUGAGGUUAUAUGAAGAAAUGAAAAUUACUUUAAGUUUUGUUUUUACUUUUAAAUUCUCUCGAAAUUUCAAUUCAAUCUUUUCAAAGAAAGAUUUCGAUUCGUUUACCUCUCUUCAACUAUACACGAAAUUAGUGUUUCUGAAAGGUGUUCGUCUUAACUUCAGUUCGUCUCCCAAGUACUAUGGCUGUUUACCCAUUCGAUCGUGUGCGAGCGGGUCGAGACAUCAGUCGAGGAAGAAAUCCGAGCGCACGAAUUGUCGGUGUGAAAUAUGGACAAGGCCCUGAUGGUCGUACGGACGGCUCUACGGAAUUUUACGGAAGACCUAACAGCUACGUGGAAAUCCCCAACCGUGGGAAACUGGACGCGAGGUAUUCCAUAACUUUCUUAAUCUGGGUGUACCAUAAUGGCCGCAAGGGACCAAUUGUAAACUACAAUCCGAAUGGCUACGGCGUUCAUCUGUGGAUGACGAGUUACCGGCAGCUAUUUCUUCGUUUUAUGCACCGCGACGGACGCACAACUCGCCCCUUGAGAAGCAAUCGGUUAAAAUACCGAGCUUGGAAUUAUGUUGGUGCUACUUAUGACGAACGAUCUGGUAUUGCUACGCUGUGGUUGAAUUCUCAGCCGGUAGCAAGACGGCGUUUGGGUAGAGUGCGUCUCUCCACAAACUAUCCUAUCAGACUGGGAGCCAUCAGGAGAAGUCGCAACUAUUUCAAAGGAAGGAUCUUCUGCUUACAGCUUUACAGCGUCGCGCUGACAAGAAAACAGAUCUUUGAAGCUAAAAGGAAGUGCUUUUUGCCAGGUAAUGUUGAUGAACUGCAUUCUCAUGUCUGAUUUUGAGUCCUCUCCUCUUAGGCUGGGAAUUGUUUCAAUUGAACUGCGGAAGAAGAAGUCUACUAUUGCAUUGUUUGCCAACCAACUUUUUGACAGUGUCGGUAGCCUUCCGCUUUUUGCGUUUGAAACUUUGAAGUCGCUUCGCUAAUAUUUUCUUCUCUCGAUGCAAGCUUUACUGGAAACCAACCAGUUGGCCGAAUUUAUGUUAGGUUAAAGAAAGCACCGCUUACGCCAGACUACUAGUCAUUGUAGAUCUUAAGGUAUUAAAACAAAUUAUAUUUACAUAAAAUUGUGUAUUAAUUUAUUUCAAGUUCCUAAGCCAACGACGCCGGUCACCAAACCAACAACUCCGCCUCCGAGAGGUAAUUGAAAAUUUUUUUUUUGUUCUUCUGUAAGAGUAGAGCAGCAAUUACUUCAGAACCGCGCCUUGUGACUCCUGUUCGUGGCGUGGUUACUGAGUUGUUUAAGCAAAACAAAUGAUUCCGUUCUUAACUCUCAUUCGAAGACUUUGUGCUCGAACGCUCAGGUUUCUCUUUGGAAUUGCAAAAUGAUUUAAGUAACAAAUUGUUACCAAGACUCUUUCACCUCAGAGAAAAAUCAUGGAGUAUCCCUGUAGUUCUGCGUUAAGGUGUCGUGCUCUGAAAGAUCCUUCGUUCCUUAUAUUUUUGCUUUUUUUCCUAAUGUGUUUUAUCUGUUCAUUUAUUUAUCAAUUUGUUCUUAUCACGGUAUAAUGAUUGAUAUGGAUUACAUUGAUUUCAGUGGUUCCAGAAAACGCUUUUAAUAGGUUGACUUGAAAAGUUCCUUCGUUACUGAGUUCGUCACGAGAUGUGCGACAGUUGUUCCAACCGUGCUCAAAGUAAACUGACAUUUUACUCAUAUUUUGUUUUGAUUUUAAGUUUGCAAAGCCCGCAUCGACCUGGGAUUCCUUAUCGAUGGCUCUCGCCGAACUGGAUCCGUCACUUUCCGGCGCAUUAUCGAAUACGUAAAGGAAAUGGUCAGGCGAUUUGAUGUCCAGAGAUCGCAAACUAGAGUAGCUCUAACCCUUUUCGCUUCAAGCCAGCGGCUGGUUUUCCGCUUCGGCAAAUCGUACAGUAGAGCGCAAGUGUACCGAGAGCUUAAAAAGUUGAGUUUGUUGCGUGGAAGGCGAAGAAAUACAGCUCGAGCCCUGAUGUAUGUUAAGAGACAUAUGUUCCGAGGCAAACCCACAUGCGGCAGGAGAAGAGUACUCGUACUGGUAACUGCUCGUGAAACACGUGACAAUGUGGUGCGUCCGGCAAGAAUCUUGCACGCUGCCGGUAUUGAAGUGUACACAGUCGGCCUUGGUCGGGUUAGUGUGCGAUACUUGAGGAAAAUCGCUACAGACCGGUUCCACGUGUUUGUUAAGAAUGCACGGAGCUUAUUGACUAUCGUGAGAACCAUCAAGGACAGGAUGUGCCACUCCCCAGGUAAGACUUCAUAA